AUGUUAUUAUAUCAGAAAAAGAUAUCUAAAAUGGAAGAAGAUCGACUGGGAAUGCAAAUAAGCGGUGAUGUAGCAGAAAUUGAAAAAGAUUCAAAUGGUGUCAUUGGUGUUUCUAUUGGUGGUGGAGCACCAUAUUGUCCUUGUAUUUAUGUAGUACAAGUAUUUGAAAACUCUUCGACAGAUUUAGAUGGGCGGAUUCAAGCAGGUGAUGAGAUUAUCAGUAUCAAUGGUUUAUUAGUGAAGGGUGAGAAGAAGACAACGGUUGCACGAAUGAUUCAGAAAAGUGAAGGUAGUGUGAAGAUUGGAUUCAACAUUCUUCAUCCUGAACCUUUCCAAGGGCAUACAUUAGAUAUAGCACUGAAAAAAAUGAAGCAUCGAGUAAUAGAAUCAAUGGCUUCCGAAACUGCGGAUGCUUUGGGUUUAUCUCGUGCUAUGCUAUGUAAUGAUUUGAUGCUUCAGAAGCUAAAUCGUCUGGAGCAUACCUCUCAGAUGUACAAGAAUCUAAUCAAGCAUCUUGGAUCAAUACUGAAUUCUCAUUAUCAUAUUGCCAAUACUCAGAAAGAAUUUGGUGAUUUACUGUGUGAAAUAGCCGCGCGAGAAAGUUCAACUGCCGUCAAUUUAGCCUUAUCAACAUUUGGUAAUGCUCAUCGAAUCCUUCACAAAAAUGCCUUAAAGUUGCUAAAAAGUUUGCACUCAAUAGUUCGUGACUUGAAUACAUUUGUUGAUAAAGCUAUUCCGGACACAAAAUUGACUGCAAAGAAAUAUUUGGAUGCUAAAUUUGAAUACUUAUCAUUCUGUUUAAAACUGAAAGAAAUGGAUGACGAAGAAAUGCAAGCAGUAAAAUUUGCUGAACCUUUGUAUCGUAUAGAAACUGGAAAUUAUGAAUACAGGUUGAUGUUGCGAUGUCGACAAAACAGUCGAGAAAAGUUCAUACAAUUACGAAAAGAUGUUUUAGAGAAAUUGGAGUUACUUGACCAGAAACAUGCUGAAGGCAUUAAAGUUCAGAUGUCAAAUUUAAUCAGAGCUAUGAUGGAAACACAUGAGGAAUGUAAAGAAGUAAUGGCAAAAACAAAUGGAUUAUUCCCAUUUGAUAUAGAUCUUGGAUUAGUAUGCCAUUAUUUUUGUUGA